AUGGUGUUCUCCCUAGCCUCCAAAACACUGGCUUCUUGCACCAGGAAGGUUGUCAAAGCUUCCCUAGCUCGCGGAUUUUCCACAUCCAUGCCUCAGUGGGAUGGUGGGGUUCCUGACAGUGUGAAAAGAGUUGGACAACCGUCAGCUUUCCCCAAUGAGUAUCCCGGUAUGGUCUACGAGUUCAACUGGGCACUGAAUGGAGACGGCGUGACCCCGUUGAAACGCGCUGCAUUUCGCAUCAACAAACCGCUAGACUUGAAAGUCGCUGGCUUGGCAGCGCCCAAGAAAAACCCUCUAAAGGUCAAGGGAGCGGCGAUCAAAGAAGCAGGAAGCGAUACAUUGUCGUUUGAAGACUUCGAUUCUGCAUGCCAAGAGGCAAGAGAUCUUUUGUCUUUCUCAGACAAAUUAUACUGCCCCGAGGGUCACGUGCCAGGAACCAAUACAGGUGUGCGUGUGAUUUCAAAUUCUCCAAAACUGACACCAGACAUCCUGGCAUAUUUGGAUCGGUGUCCAAAGAAAUCGCCUCCAGAUUCCAUGGCUGUAACUUGCUUUGUUUUGGAAGGCCAUGAUACUGAGUUUGCUGGUUACUCGAUCGAGGAAAUCGAGGUUCCAGUUGAUUCCGAGGAAAGUGAAAGUCAACCAAAGGUGGCGAAAUCGGUUGCAUCGGUGGUGGUAGUUGGCAACACCCCAUCCAUUGCCAAGAUUGUUGGAGGCAUUGAGGCUAGCCACAAGGCGUUGGCGCAAGAUGAGCUAGAAAGAGCCAAGAAAUCUGAGCAAGAGAGCAAUGAAUCAUCUUAA